AUGAGUGAGGUCAAAACAAAGCCGCAAACUGGAGGUAUCGAACGAGUUAAAAAUGGGCGAGCUGGGCUUUCUAAUGGUACCAAAAACACAGAUAAAAGACAGCAGUCGCCCUUCAAAAGUAUAAAGAACACACUGUUGCUUCGAAACCAUAAAUCUCGUAAAAGUACACCAAAAGUAGUCGAUGAAGUCGUGAAGAAUCAAGUACAAGAGAAGCAGAAAUCAAACCGUGUUGAAGAGAGCUCUGGGAGUCGCAGAUCGAGCAUUAAAGUCCAGCAACGUUCAUCCGCACAACGAGUAACGCUUUUCAAAUACGACCGUGUUAAGGUGGUGAAUGUCAUCAUCAAAGCUCAUAGAAGUAGUUCUGAAUCUUCAGUAUCUACGGCUAUGACCUCCCAUUCUACUGUUCUGCGACGUCACAUCUCACACGAUCAUUCCAUAGCAAGCGCUGAAACCAGGCGAGAAACUUGUUUGAUGUCCGAUGGACCACUAGAGAUUUACCAGAUCAUCACAUAUAACAGCUCUAAAAUGCCGCCUCAGAAAAUGACUUAUCUUUGCUUGGGAAGAAAGGACAACAUUUUGCAUCCUAUUUUACCAAAACUUCAAGUUACGAGAAUGGCAUGUACGCAUUUCAAAAUCUCGAUUCUUCUGCUCAAUCCUGAGCGCUACUGGAUAAUAGAGUUUUUACCGUUGGCAGGCCAGACCGAAAUAAGUGAGGAGGUCAAACUUACUUUCGAGUCUAUGAUAAGCACCAUAUGUUCCUAUAGAAUACAACCACAUGAGGAUGCAGAUAGCUCAGGGAGCCUCCUGAAUCCACAUGGGUAUAGUUUGGAAAUGGAAGAUGACAGUGACCUCGAAUAUUUACUUGACGAGUCCGACAGUUGUUCUGAAGAAACAGAAUUAACGAGCGAAGAGAUUUCGCACGAUAAAACUGUCAAUUUGGCCUUCAAAAACGCUAUUCGAAAUAUUAUGGUAUCGGAAGACCGCGAUUUACAACGUGGCUCGAGCACGAAACGGCUAAGCUCGUAUCAUGGCAAUUUAUCUUCGCAGUUCGAUUCAAGAUCCUCAAAAGUGAGAUCUUCUUCACUUCCUAUGCGCCAUCAAGCAUUUAGCGGGAAAACCUCGAGUUUGGGAGCCACUACCUGGAUGGAUGUGGACUCCGAGGAUUACGUCAAUUACCAUUCUCACAUUUAG